AUGUAAUUGAUAAAAAAGCCGAAGGAUAACAUUGACAUUAGCCUUAAUCUAAAUAAAAUUGAUUUGCGUUAGUGAAUUCACAUCUAGUACAAACUGUUGAACUUUAACAUUCAAUACAUCCUAAUAAUAUUGAACACGGUUAGCAAGAAUAGAGUUAAGUGCUUGUGUCAAAUUAUAAAUAUUCAUAUGAUUCACAAUAAUUUGUACUAUUGUGUCCAGUAUAUACAGAAUCACAAUCUGUGAUUAAUGGUCCAUGAC